GGUCUUCACGGUCGCCGGCGCGGCCGUCGGGCCGCUGAGCGCGGCGCUGGUGGCGGAGCGCCGCUCACAGGAGGCCGAGGACGAGCAGGCCCUCGGGGCCCGUCGGGCCGCCUUCGGCGACCUCGUCGGGCAGCUGCUGGCGGGCUUCGACGGCGACCGCGACGGGCGGCUCUCGCGUCCAGAGCUGUGGCAGGCUCUGGGGACGCACCCCGAGCUCCUCGGGCAGCUGCGCACUCUCGGCGUCGGCACGAGCACCGGCGAGCUCAUGCUGCUGUUCGACCGCCUAUGCUACGACUACGAGGGCAAAGGCACUGUGACUGCCCGCAUUGACGACCUCGUGUGUACUCUGAUUCACCUCGGCGACACUGCGAAGGCUGCCGGCGUGGCAGAGCUGAGAUUUCAGAUCAUCGCCUCGCGGCGGGAGUCCAUGCAGGCGUUGAAGAGUCUGCCGCGAGAGGUGUUGAAGCUGCUGCCGGCAAAGGGGGAGAGCGCCCAGCGGGAGGCUGAGCAAGCCGCCGAGACCAGAAAGAGCCUGGCCGCCCUGCAGG